AUGACCAACUAUUCUCUAACAGUCAAGGUUCCAGGGCGCGCGGCCAUACAACAAUUCGCGCAGCAGGGUUACAAGCUCUGCUUUGCUUCUGGAGUGGAGCGCGAGGGAUACAAGGUCAUAGCAUCAACCAGCAGUAUUGCGCCUAAUGCUCAGUUCAACUGGAAUGAUGACCUUGGUAUUGCUGCCAGUCAAUCCAACUUCAUGGAAGGAGUCAAAGUUCAGGCAUCGACUAAUGUCGAUUCCAUCAGGCCCGGCCAAACCUACACCUUGACUCCAGACUAUCGAGGCAGUGUUAACGACGGUGGACCUCAAGACGGUAUUCGCUUCAAUAACCAGGCCGACAGAGCCUCCCCCAUUGUGUACAGAACCAUCAAUGGCUCGAGGGCUCCCAUCUACGUCGGCUCUAUGCAACUCCCGAGAGGCGCCAGUCAGGAGAUUAAGCCUAACAACAGGGUCCGGGUCUGGUUCCAACGCGAUGGCCAAAGUGGUACCAUGAUUGAUGGGAUCCAUGGAGAGAGCAUUGAGGUUGACAUGUCGGGAAGGAAUAGCGUCGCAGUCAUCUUCAAUGAUGAUUUUACGUGGUCGCUGCAGUAA